GAUUUCCAGUGACCGCCUCAUAAAUUCCCCUUUUUAGCGGAGCUACUGCGAUAUCUUCUUCUACUCUUUUUCCCCCUACCUCUGUUCUGACCCAUGCCUCAUCUCUCUCACUUUUCUCUGUUCCCCCCACCUCCAUCUCUAAUCAAGCAGCCAAAUUGAUAUAUAAUCUGAUUCAGAUUUUCCGGAGCAGGAGAGGUUGCUUAUCGAUAAUCAUCAUCAACGAACAAGUAUUCCAAGUGUUUGACUCUCGCCAUAAUGGUGAGCCCAAUAGGUAACUUCGACAAGGGUGACAUGGGCCCUCCAUGGUUGAAACCAAUGCUUAAAGCAGACUACUUCGUUACCUGCUCAAUCCAUGGCGAUUCGAAUAAGAGCGAGUGCAACAUGUUCUGUUUGGAUUGUAUGGGAAACGCCCUCUGUUCUUACUGCUUGAUUCAUCACAGAGAUCACCGUAUCGUGCAGAUAAGACGGUCCUCGUACCAUAACGUGGUCAGAGUGAACGAGAUUCAGAAGUACAUCGACAUUUCCUGCGUCCAAACCUACAUUAUCAACAGUGCCAAGAUCGUUUUUCUCAAUGAGAGGCCACAGCCACGACCAGGAAAGGGGGUCACCAACACUUGCGAGAUUUGUGGCAGAAGCCUCCUCGAUUCUUUCAGAUUUUGUUCAUUGGGUUGUAAGCUCGGAGCAAUGAAGCAGGGUCGCUCAGAACUCACAUUUGCGCUAAGGGACAGGAACAACAAGGACAUACUGGAGUCGGAUGAAUCGUCAACUCCUAGGAAGAUUCGAAGGACUCAUGUUUUCAACCGCCUGAUCAUGGAUGAUCCGAUCAUUUUUUACAACCAUGGGAAGGAGAGGUGCUCAGCUUCUGAAGAAGACGACGGCAACGGUAGCAUCUCUCCGGCCACCCCUCCGAUUUACAACCACCGUAAUGCCAGGAGAAGAAAAGGCAUACCCCACAGGGCCCCAUUUUAAAUAAACCAAACAGAAAUCAGAUGAUGAUGAUGAAGAUGAGGAGUGUGGAUAGGUAUAAAGUUCUUUCAUAUACUGUUAGAUAGGUUAGUGCCCUGAAGAAUCAUCAAUAAUCAAUAAUCAGUGUUAUCUUAUGGAAAUAGGAAUGGGAUAAUACAAAUUCAGGGAAAAUAGAGUAUAGCAGUGUCCCUAUAUAUAUGCUAGAAAAUGGGUGUGUUAAUCAGGUCAUUGUACAGAGGAUGGUAUACCUAGUUCUCAGGAUGAGCGAGAUAUGGGAAGUAGCGCUUCUGUUGUAAAAUUGCAUGUAGGUUUUAAUAAGAAUGUAUUGCUUGUCCCACUUAAA